AUGGGACGUCGAGAUCGCCUCAUUAGCACAUCUAUCCUGGGCGCAAUCUUCAAAUCCGAUUCACCCAGGAAAGAUGAGAGUGAACGCCCAGGCCUGUUCGCGCGCAUUUGGGCCUUCUUUGCUCUCUUCAGCCUUACCCUAGCCCGAUAUCGCGCAUCACUGUUUAAGAAGCUGAGGAAUGAAACAUGGGAGAUCGAAGAGGAAGAAUAUACAGAGAGCUUCCGCAGUCCCAGCAAGAGCAAGCGGACAGAUCUCGUCGCCAUCGGAGACUUGGGCUACUCUGGAUCGACUUUCUUUACGACACCAAACUCCAAGUUCCUUAUCAAAUCGCUGCCCCGGAAAUUCGAACAGUCGUUCUUUCGCGACCGUCUUCUCGCACCCUAUGUCGAACACAUGGAGCUCAACGAGGACUCCUUGCUAGUCCGAAUAACAGACCUCCUAUACUGCCCUACCGCCACCAUUGGAGCUGCACUGGGCACCGCACCAAGCCAUCAUAUCAUAAUGGAGAACAUUCUCUAUGGAAAGUCGAGCUGCGGCAAGGACCAACAGAAGCGAUGGGAGACGUAUGAUUUGAAGCCAAACGACUACUUCUACCCUGAACGUGACGUAGCAAACGGAAAACUAGCUCCAGAGAGUGUCAAGAAGCGACUUAUCGAUGAAUUCGAGGAUAAGAUUAGAGUAACGAUUGAUCAAAAGGAGGAGCUCAUUGCGCAGCUAUCUCGCGAUUCCAAGAUCCUGCAAGCCAACAAUGCGGUCGACUACUCACUAUUCCUCGUCCGGUACCCAGCCGACCUUGGAUCGUCCGAGAACGACAAAGUCCCACCACCCCCAGGUCGCGGAUCCCCAUGGCGUAGUGGUAUUGUGUCGCGUGAUGGCAAGUGGGUCUAUCGGGCCAUUAUCCUCGACUUCUUUUGGGCGAAGGAUGCCCUCCAGGCGAAGACACUAACUAGCUUGGUCAAACUAUUCAACGCUGUCAAGCCCGGGAGGGACCAUGGUCCAAUGAGCAUAACUACUACAAGCGAUGAGUACAGGCAGAGGUUCCUCGGUAUGGUAGAGGACAUGGUUGAGGUUCCAGAUAGUGCCGGCAGACCUGCGGGAAAGUCACAGGAUGAUUAA